UCAAUUGCUCUUGCUUAAAGGGUUUACAUUUUGGAAAGCAGAUUCUUAGAUGGAAUGAGACAGCAAAGAGUUUAGUUGUUCAACCCUGGUACUUGGUGCAAAGCCAAUUCUCAUCGGGGCACUUCAUCCUCUUUAAAUUUUUCAUGGCUCUUCUCCCUUGUUUGUUGCCCUUGGUUCUGCUUUUGUUUCCUUCUGUUUCUGGCCAAAUGAGAGAUUUUGUUAGUAUAGAUUGUGGAGGCACAGGUAACUACACAGACCCAAGUACUGGACUUACUUGGAUAUCAGAUGCUGGAUUAAUCAAAUAUGGAAAGGUGGCAGAAGUAGGAAGUUCAAAAAAAACUGGACCACAGUAUAAGUUUCAUAGGUAUUUUCCUGCAGAUAGCAAGAAGUACUGUUACACAUUGAGUACUAUUGAAAGAAGGAGAUACCUUGUGCGAGCAACAUUUCUGUAUGGAAAUUCAGAUUCUGGAAACCCCUAUCCGAUGUUCCAGCUAUUCAUGGAUAGCACCUACUGGUCCACUGUAACAAUAAAAGAUGCUUCAAGAGUGUUUGUUGAGGAGAUGAUAAUCAGGGCACCUUCUACUUAUAUACAAGUCUGCCUAUGUUGUGCAUCCACCAGUUACCCUUUCAUAUCAACUCUUGAGCUGCGGCCCUUGAAUGAAUCCAUGUAUGCUACAAACUAUGAAGAUGAUUUUUACCUCAAGGUUGCAGUACGAGUAAACUUCGGAGCUCUUAGUGAUGAACCCAUACGGUAUCCUGAUGACCCUUAUGAUCGUAUAUGGGAAUCUGAUCUGGAUAGAAGGCAGAACUAUCUUGUGGGAAUGGCUCCUGGUACAAGAAGAAUUAGCACUAAGAGGAACAUAAAAAUAAAUACACGGGAAUUUCCACCAGUUAAAGUGAUGCAGACUGCUGUGGUUGGAACGAAGGGAAUCCUUUCAUACAGGCUAAAUCUUGAUGGUUUCCCUGCGAACGCUCGAGCUUAUGCAUAUUUAGCUGAAAUUGAAGAUUUAGAUAAAAAUGACACUCGAAAAUUUAUGAUGAAGCAGCCCUAUAUUCCUGGUUAUGAUAAUAUAGUUGUCAAUAUUGCUGAGAAUGCCAAUGGGAGCUAUGCACUCUAUGAACCCAGCUAUAUGAAUGUAUCACUAGAUUUUGUUCUAUCAUUCUUAUUCUCCAAGACUCAUGAUUCAACUCGUGGUCCCCUUCUGAAUGCGAUUGAAAUCAGCAAAUAUGUACAAAUUAUGCCAAAGACAGAUAUCCAAGAUGCUGCUGUUUUGCAUGCAUUCCAAUCCAUGUCUUCUCAGGGAGAAUGGACCUAUGAAGAUGGUGAUCCUUGUACCCCUGCUCACUGGGAGUGGAUAAAUUGCAGCUCCAGCAUGCCACCAAGGAUUACAAAAAUAUUUUUGUCUGGCAAAAAUUUAAGCGGUGCAAUACCUGCAGACAUAAAGCAGAUGGAGCAGUUAACAGAGUUGUGGCUCGAUGAUAAUUCCUUGAAUGGCCCAAUCCCAGAUAUGAGCAGUCUAAUAAAUUUGGAAGUCAUGCAUCUAGAGAACAAUGAACUGACUGGUCAGUUACCAUCUUACUUUGGCAAGCUGCCAAGCUUAAGAGAAUUGUAUGUACAAAACAACUAUUUAAGCGGGGAUAUACCUCCAGCACUGUUAAAUGGAAAAUUCAUAUUCAAUUAUGAUGGCAAUCCUGGAUUACGCUUAAUGGGACAGCAUGAGAGGAAUCUUAAGUUUAUAGUUGUUACAGUCAUUGGAGCAUUUGCUGCUGUGCUUUUGCUAGUGGGAUGUUUGUGGCUGCUUUGGAAUCAUCAACAGAAGCCAUUGCAGGGUGAGAGUCAUGAAAAAAAAAUCUCUUCAGGCAAUUAUCUGCGCAUCCUGUCUAAAUCUUCAAGUCCCUAUUCUAUUGUACGAGGUGCAUCUUUGGUUAUUGAUGAAGGCCUAGAUUUGGCUUACUAUUUUUCGCUUACUGAGAUAGAAGAAGCAACUUGCAAGUUUUCAAAAAAGAUUGGUGAAGGAAGCUUUGGAACUGUCUAUUAUGGAAAAAUGAAGGAUGGAAAAGAAGUGGCAGUCAAGGUUUCUGCUGAUUCUAGUGACGGAACUCAACAAUUCAUAAAUGAGGUUGCUCUGUUAUCAAGAAUUCAUCAUAAGAACUUGGUCCCCUUAAUUGGAUUUUGUGAAGAAGGAUGUCAAAGAAUUCUUGUUUAUGAGUAUAUGCACAAUGGAACCCUGCGAGAUCACAUUCAUGAUUCUGUUAAGCAGAAGAGUUUGGACUGGCUAUCUCGACUAGUAAUUGCAGAGGAUGCGGCAAAAGGCCUUUCUUACUUGCACAAUGGAUGCAAUCCAAGUGUGAUUCAUCGAGAUGUAAAGACAAGCAAUAUUCUCCUUGACAUCAAUAUGAGAGCAAAAGUUUCAGAUUUUGGGCUUUCUAGACAAGCUGAUGAAAAUCUUACCCAUGUAUCCAGUGUUGCCCGAGGAACAGUGGGCUACCUCGACCCUGAGUACUAUGCUAAUCAACAGUUGAACGAUAAGAGCGAUGUCUAUAGCUUUGGAGUUGUUCUCCUAGAGCUAAUCUCAGGAAGAAAGCCUGUUUCAGUAGAAGAUUAUGGUGCUGACUGGAACAUUGUUCACUGGGCAAGGUCAUCAAUUCGUAAGGGUGAUAUAACAAGUAUCAUAGAUCCUUCACUGAUGGGUACACUUAAAAUAGAAUCUGUCUGGAGGAUCGCUGAAAUUGCGGUUUUAAGUGUCGAGCUGCAUGGAGUUUCCAGGCCAAGGAUGCAAGAAGUAGAGAUGGCCAUUCAAGAUGCAAUAAAAAUUGAGAGGGGAAGCCGGAGCACUCAUGAUUCAUCCUCAAGCUCUUCUUCCCUGCCUCCAUUACACGUAUCAUUUCCAUCUGAUGCGCUGGAAAUUGUGUCCGACACUCAGCUUGUUAGCAUGACAGAGGCGCGUUAAGAGUGACCACCCUGCUCCAGUGGACUGACAAUGAUUGUAGAUGGCCAGAGAUGCAGAUGAUAAACACAUUUAUCUGAUAUGAAACGAACAAUAGGAGAGAAAAACGGAGUAGAAUAGAAGACAUGAGAUCUCUCUUCCCUAUGUUUUGCUUCUGGACUUGGGAAGGGUUGGUGGGCUGCAAUUCAAUGGCACCUUGGUAUAAAAUCUGGUGGUCAGAGGGGCGUCGAAGCUAUCGACCAUCUUGCCAUUAUGUCUUGGAUUGAAUGGUGGUGACAUAAUACUUGGGCUCCUAAUCAUGCCAUGCUGCCAUCCUUCUCUCCUCAUCAUGUUGCGGCUUGGCUAAAGAGAGGCUAAAUGGAGACCUUAAAUUUUACUUUCCUACUUACUGGUGGGAUGGCAUUUCUUUCUACAACUUCUUGAUCUAAAAUGAUUGGUUGCGGUCCUGGUUUAGGACAAGCCAACGAGGUCUGGUGGAACAACUGGGCAAGCAAUCUUUUAUGAUGAAAAGAAGUGGUAUCUUGUGAAA